GACGACCGACUGUGUGAAAAAAAUUAAAAAAUUUUUUAAAGAUGAUUUCGUAUAUGAUUGAUGGUUCUGGUUUUUUAAUUGUAAAUAGACAAAUAAUUUCUGAAGAUAUUGACAAUUUUGAAUAUACACCUAAACCUGAAUUUGUUGGGGAAUUUGUUGUUUUUAAUGAAGAAAAUGAACAAAAAUUGUUGUUACGAUUUUUUGAUCAUUUACUAAAAAUUAAACCUUCAAUUAUGGUUACUUAUAAUGGGGAUUUUUUUGAUUGGUUUGUUUUUUUUAAUUUUUGAUUAAGUAGGGUUGAGCACCGAGACUUUUAAUUAGACCGCGACAAUUUUCCGUUGACUCUGAUUUUAAAUGUGGUUAAGACUGUAAAAAACCCCUGACUAUUUUGACGAAUCCGACCCCAAUAUCUACUCUGAUAAACUCCGACCCCGAAGGAUUUGAUUCCAAAUCUAUGAUGAAUUAUGAAAGGAAAAUUACAGGAAUUUUUAAGUUGAACAUUUUAUCUAUUUUUAAAAAUGUCCAGAAUUCACUUUGCCCUUUGUUGAUGCUCGUGCAAACUU